GGAGUGAGCAGGCACAGACACUGGCAGCGAUCAGGAGUUCAAGCCUCUUUGACAGCAAGAGGCUGGAAGAAAGGACAGAAGUGGUUCUGGCUGUGAUGGGGUUCUUACUGGGCCUGCUGCUCCUGGGCCACCUAGCAGUGGUCGCCUAUGGCCAUCCCAUCCUGGAAGCACCGGAGAGUGUGACAGGGAUUUGGAAAGGGGAUAUUAAUAUUCCCUGCACCUACGGUCCUCUGAAAGGCUACACCGAAGUCUUGGUAAAGUGGCUGGCACAACAUGGCUCAGAUCCAGUCACCAUCUUCUUACGUGACUCCUCUGGAGACCAUAUCCAGCAAGCAAAGUACCGGGGUCGCCUGCGCGUGAACCACGAGAUCCUAGGAGAUGUGUCCUUCCAACUGAAUACCCUGGAGAUGGAUGACCGGAACCACUACACUUGUGAAGUCACUUGGCAGACCCCCAAUGGCAACCAAGUAGUGAGAGAUAAGAUCAUUGAUCUCCGUGUCCAGAAAGUCUCUGUUUCCAAGCCCACAGUGACGACUGGCAGUGGCUAUGGCUUCACAGUGCCCCAGGGAAUGAGGAUUAGCCUUCAAUGCCAGGCUCGGGGUUCUCCCCCAAUCAGUUAUGUUUGGUACAAGGAACAGACUAACAACCAAGAACCAACCAAAAUAGCAACCUUGAGUACUUUACUCUUCAAGCCUGCACUAGUGGCUGACUCAGGCUACUAUUUCUGUACUGCCAAGGGCCGGGUAGGCUCUGAACAGCGCAGCAACACUGUGAAAUUUGUGGUGAAAGACUCCUCAAAGUUACUUGAAACCAAGACUGAGGCACCUACAACCAUGCAAUCCCCCAUGGAAGUGAAUUCAUCCUGGGGCUGGACCACUGAAGUGGAUGACUACCUUGGAGAGACCAGUCCUGGGCCAGGAAAGGGCCUGCCUAUCUUUGCCAUCGUUCUCAUCAUCUCCUUGUGCUGUAUGGUGGUCUUCACCAUGGCUUAUAUCAUGCUGUGCCGGAAAACAUCACAACCGGAGAAUGUCUAUGAAGUGGCCAGUGUGCAUGCCAGGGAGGCCAAUGACUCUGGUGAAACCAUGAGGGUGGACAUCUUCGCAAGUGGCUGCUCCACUGAAGAGCCAGCUUCCUGGACUCUGAGCAACGACUACUUUGAUGAACCCUGCCUGGGCCAGGAGUACUAGAUCAUCGCCCAAAUA